AUGCCUUCUGCAGCUCUCAAAGGCUCGCCGGAGGGGAACGACGCUUUCCUCCUGCCUGUCGCGUCGCAAGAACGUAACGUUCGUGCCACGUCAGCACGCCGCCGUGGCUUGCGCAUACUGGGCGCCUUCACUUUGGUCCUGAUUCUGAGUCUGGUCCACCGUUAUGGCCCGUCUCGGGUCAAUAUAGCACCUCGUACUGCAGCUCUGGCAACGAAGACACAACAAGGCUCUAUCUAUGACGCGUCUUCUUUCUAUCACUCGAUUUCUCGGGCGGAGAGUAUCUGCCCCAGCAUUGUACCGGGGACUCAUUCGCAUGCAGGCUACAUUGGUCUAAGCAACGAUACAGAGGAGACACCUCAGCGCUCGUUCUUCUGGUACUUCGAGGCCGAGGAAGACGCUGAGAACGCGCCUGUCAUUCUUACUAUCGGGGGUGGCCCUGGGACAAGCGGUCUCGCCAAUCCAGUCCUGGGUCUAUCACAUUGCAAGAUGACUGAGAACGGUACCGUGCCCAACCCGAAUAGAUGGACGGAGAAGUUCAAUCUCCUGGCGUUGGAUUACCCGGUUGGAGUAGGGUAUUCCUAUGGACCCAUCGUGAACAACAGCCGCGAAGCCGCGUACGAAGCGUAUGACUUCCUUCAGAAGUUCUUUGUUCUGUUCCCUCACCUCGCGAAGAACCAAUUCGUGAUCUCGAGUGGCUCUUAUGGUGGUAUAUGGGUGCCCCAUAUCGCAACUGUCAUACACGAGCAGAACAAAGCCAUCGCGCGCGGAGAGGGUAGACCCGGUGCCAUCACGAUCAACCUCAAGUCCUUGGCGCUCAGCAACCCGGCGUCGUCACCAAAAGCUUGGUACGGUUGGGCGUUGCACUACAUGUGCGAACUGCACAACGUAUACAACUCAACAACUUGCGCAUCUCUGUAUCCACUCCUCCCGGAGUGCCUGGACAGGCUCGACUACGCGCUGGAUGAGUUAACCUCGACUGCCAAGAGCCGUAACGACGCUUUGAUGUUCUGUAGCAGCAUGUUUGAUGGAGAUAUGCAUGGCCUGGUUUUGCAAGAUAUCCGUAAGACAUGUAAGGAGGGCGAUAUGGGCAUCUGCUACCCCGAAUUCCUCUGGAUGAACGACUUCUUCCGUUCAAACCAGACGAAAGCAGUACUCGGCGUUCCUCAUGACGUAGAGUGGUUCUCUGUGAAUGUCGAGGUCUUUAUGCGAUUCGUAGAAUACGGUGACCACAUAUUCAACCACUUCAGGCUGUACGAGCCAUUGCUCACCGACGGGAUCCGCAUUCUGCAUAAUGUUGGCAUGCAAGACGCCAGUGUCGCCUGGCCAGGAACGCUCUCAUUCCUCAAACUCAUUCAGUCCCCCUUUUCAGCAGAGUUUCGCGCCGCGGAAGACGUGCCAUGGCCAUCGGCACAGUCGCCCGCGGGUACGGUGCGCGUCGCCGGGUCAGGCGGGGCCGGUAACUUUACCUUCCUGACCUACGCCGAGGCAGGGCACUUCGUGUCUUUGGAUCAACCUGCACUGACGAAGUUCGUCAUUGAGCGGUGGAUAGAGAACAAGCCGUUCGUGUAG